AACUACACUGCUUCCAUUGCCAUUCCCAAAGAAUCCAAACUCUCUCUCUCUCUCUCUCUCCAAAUCACUGAAUCAAAACAGAGUAACAAACACUACCAUAUCUUUCUCUUUGAAAGAGAGAGAAAAGAAAACAAAAUAAAAAAGAAAUCAUCUCUCUUUUUGAAAUUUUCUUUGCGGGUUUAGUUAUACUCCUACUUAAUAUUGUACAGAUAUACUUUAUCCCUUCUCUCCUCUUGUACUGUAACAGACAGUAGCUUUCUUUUUUCCUUUACCUUGUUUAUUGACCGCCAUUCUCAUGUUCUCAUUCAUCUAAUUAACUGUUUUCUCUCUUCACACUCCAGAAAUGGAGAAUGGGCUUCUACUUUUCCCUAUUCUUCUUCUUCUUCUACAACAACUACUACUACUGCUAUUAUUACCUGAUUCCUCCUCAGCUCAGAUGUCGGGUUUUCUGAGUUUGAACUGCGGGGGCAAAGAAAAUUUCACUGAUGAACUUGGACUGGUGUGGACUUCUGAUUAUGAUCUUAUUUAUGGAGAAACAGCAACCAUAUCAGUUUCAAAUGAGACAAGGAAGCAAUAUAUGACAUUAAGACAUUUCCCUGCAGAUUCCAGGAAGUACUGUUACACUCUGAAUGUCAUUAGCAGGACAAGGUAUCUUUUAAGAGCAACGUUUUUGUAUGGUAAUUUUGACAAUAACAAUGUCUAUCCCAAAUUUGAUGUCUCUGUUGGGGCAACUCAUUGGUCCACAAUUGUAAUUUCUGAUGCUAAUACAAUAGAGUCUAUAGAGCUGAUAUUUUUGGCUUCAAGUCCUACCAUCAGUGUGUGCUUAUCCAAUGCUACAACUGGGCAGCCAUUCAUAUCUACACUUGAGCUCCGACAAUUCAAUGGUUCAAUUUAUUAUACAGCAUAUGAAGACAAGUUUUAUCUCAGUGUCUCGGCAAGAAUCAAUUUUGGGGCAGUUAGUGAAGAUCCAGUAAGGUACCCUGACGAUCCAUUUGACAGAAUAUGGGAGUCUGAUUCUGUGAAGAAAGCAAAUUACCUUGUUGAUGUUGCUGCUGGUACUGAGAAAGUUUCAACUGACAUGCCAAUAGAUGUUAGUCACAAUGAAAGGCCUCCUCAGAAAGUGAUGCAGACUGCUGUAGUUGGCACGAAUGGGUCAUUAACCUAUCGGUUGAACUUGGAUGGUUUUCCUGGUUUUGGUUGGGCUGUUACGUACUUUGCAGAAAUUGAGGAUUUGAGCCCUGAUGAAUCCAGGAAAUUCAGGCUAGUGCUACCCGGCCACCCUGAUAUGAGCAAACCUGUAGUUAAUAUCCAAGAAAAUGCUCAAGGAAAAUAUCGUCUCUAUCAACCAGGAUAUCCCAACAUAUCCCUUCCCUUUGUAUUAUCUUUCAGAUUUGGAAAGACUUCCGAUUCAUCAGAGGGGCCACUUCUGAAUGCUAUGGAGAUAAACAAGUAUCUAGAGAAAAAUGAUGGUUCCCCAGAUGGAGAAGUGAUUGCUAGUGUCAUUUCGUCCUAUACAUCAGCAGAUUGGGCGCAAGAAGGUGGUGACCCAUGUCUACCGGUUCCAUGGUCAUGGUUGCAGUGUAACUCAGAUGUCCAACCAAGGAUAGUCAAAAUCUUAUUGUCUAGUAAGAAUUUGACAGGGACUAUUCCUUUGGACUUGCCAAAGUUGAAAGGAUUAGUUGAAGUAUGGCUUGAUGGGAAUGCACUAACUGGUGGAAUUCCAGAUUUUACUGGAUGCACCGACUUGGAGAUUAUCCAUCUCGAGAACAAUCAGUUGACGGGUGAGCUGCCUUCAUCCUUAUUGAACCUACCAAAUUUAAGGGAACUGUAUGUGCAAAAUAAUUUGCUGUCUGGAACAGUACCAUCAGGUCUUCUCAAUAAAAACAUUGUUUUGAACUACUCUGGAAACCUUAAUCUUCAUGGAGGAGGCAGAAGAGGAAAGCACAUUGGUAUUAUUAUUGGUUCAUCAGUUGGAGUUGCUGUUCUGCUGAUAGCUACAGUAGUAUCUUGCUUAUUCAUACAGAGAGGGAAGAAAAAACCUGAUCAAGAACCACCUGUUCAAAGGCCACCUUCUAAUGAUACUCCAGCAGAAGGAGCUUAUUGCUUUGCAUUCUCUGAUAUUGAAGAUGCUACAAAAAAAUUUGAGAAGAAAAUAGGCUCUGGAGGUUUUGGAGUUGUAUACUAUGGGAAAAUGAAGGAUGGAAAAGAAAUUGCAGUCAAAGUUCUAACCAGUAACUCCUAUCAGGGAAAACGAGAAUUUUCAAAUGAGGUAACUCUUCUUUCAAGGAUACAUCAUAGAAACCUGGUACAGUUUCUUGGAUUUUGCCAAGAAGAAGGGAGAUGUAUGCUUGUUUAUGAGUUCAUGCACAAUGGAACUCUCAAGGAACAUCUUUAUGGCCCAUUAACACGUGGAAGAAAUAUUAAUUGGAUAAAGCGCCUUGAGAUUGCUGAGGAUGCUGCCAAAGGGAUUGAAUAUCUUCAUACUGGCUGUGUUCCUGCCAUUAUCCAUAGAGAUUUAAAGACCAGUAAUAUUCUUCUUGACAAACAAAUGAGAGCAAAGGUUUCUGAUUUUGGUCUGUCGAAACUUGCGGUAGAUGGAGUUUCACAUGUCUCAAGUAUAGUGCGGGGCACCGUAGGUUAUUUGGAUCCUGAGUAUUAUAUCUCUCAGCAGUUAACGGACAAGAGUGAUGUUUAUAGUUUUGGUGUCAUCCUCCUUGAGCUCAUGUCUGGUCAAGAAGCCAUAUCAAAUGAAAGCUUUGGUGUCAAUUGCCGUAAUAUAGUUCAAUGGGCAAAGUUACACAUUGAGAGUGGUGAUAUCCAAGGAAUUAUUGAUCCUUCGCUACGCGAUGAGUAUGAUAUACAAUCAAUGUGGAAGAUAGCAGAGAAAGCUUUAAUGUGCGUCCAGCCUCACGGUCACAUGAGGCCAUCAAUUUCAGAAGUCCUUAAGGAGAUUCAAGAUGCUAUUUUAAUUGAAAAGGAAUCUAUGACAGUGAGAGAAGGUAACUCCGAUGACUUGUCGAGGACUUCUGCCCAUUCUUCACUGAACUUGGGUUCUUUGGAAUUUGGUGGAACUGAGAAUUACUUAUCCCUUGAUGACUCAGUGGCACAACCAACUGCUAGAUAGUUCCUUAUUCAUGCACAGUAACUGGCGCCUGCGCAGGCACAGGCACAUAAUUCCACUUCUGUUAGUAAAAAGAAAAAGUUUUUGGUUCCUUCUUCUAGUCAUAUUCUUUGUUCUAGGAUUGCAAUGCUGGAUUUCUUAUGUGCAGAAUGGAAAAAUGAAGAGAAUUUGUACAUUUUUUGAGCUUGCAAUCCUUUUUGAGUGCAAGUAAAUUUCCAAUACUGGUAAAAAUGCUAUCGUUUGAGGAUGGUAAAUGAAUCCAUUUUGGUUUAUCAAACUCCCAUAAAACGUUAGACAGAAAGUCUCAAUUACAGAGUCAGGCUAUUGAGACUGUUGGAUUGUUGCAAACUUGGUCGAAGCAGGGAAAGACAGGAUGGUAUGGGUUGGUAUUGGUAAGAUUUAUCACGUGCAAGAUUUACAAUUUAUUGCCUUUUGGUACAGGGAAUAUGAUCCAACCACAAGGAAAGAAAUUACCAUGCCUUUUUUUUAUUAUUUUAUUAUUUUUUUAUCUUCAAUUAUUUAUGUGAUGUGAUCUUGUUUUUGUUGGUUCCACUAAA